GGCGGGAAGCCCGGGAGCUCCGAGAGGACACUCGGCCGAGGUCUCAGGGCCCACGACCGGCUUUCCUGGGUCACCGCCGCAGGCAGGCGGGCCACCGAGCUCCAGGAGGAGGACGACUCUGAGGACUCGGAUGAAGAGCGGGCCCCGAGGCAGCACGUGAAACCUUGGGUGGCCUUCAGAAGAGAACACAGUAAACACCAGAAGGCAACAUCCAGGGUGCCAUUAAGCAAGGAAUAUAGUUUGAAGGAAUUGUCAGGAACAGCAAAUUGGAUGACUGCAAGUGACUCAGAGCAUGCCCAGAAACCAGUGUCCCCUCCUGGAGAAGCAUGUGCCUUUGAAAAGCACACUAGACAAAAAUUGGAACUCGGGAGAAAGGAGAUGGACAUGAAGGUGUACAUCCUACAAGAAAGAAAGGGCCAUGUGUACCAAGAGGUCAACAAGCCCCAGGAUGAUGACUACCUUUAUUGUGAGAAGUGUCAGAACUUCUUCAUCAACAGCUGUGCUGUGCAUGGGCCCCCUACAUUUGUAAAGGACACUGCAGUGGACAAGGGGCAUCCCCACCGCUCAGCCCUCACCCUGCCCCCUGGGUUGAGAAUCGGGCCAUCGGGCAUCCCUGAGGCUGGGCUUGGAGUGUGGAAUGAGGCAGCUGACUUGCCAGUGGGUCUGCACUUUGGCCCUUAUGAAGGACACAUCACAGAAGAUGAAGUCGCAGCCAAGAGCAGAUACUCCUGGCUGAUCGCCAAAGGGAGAAACUGCUAUGAGUAUGUGGAUGGAAAGGACAGAUCCUGGGCCAACUGGAUGAGGUAUGUGAACUGUGCCCGGGAUGAUGAAGAGCAGAACCUGGUGGCCUUUCAAUACCACAAGCAGAUUUUCUACCGAACCUGCCGGGUCGUCAGGCCAGGCUGUGAGCUGCUGGUCUGGUUUGGGGAUGAGUAUGGCCAGGAGCUGGGCAGCAAGUGGGGCAGCAAGUGGAAGACAGAGCUCAUGGCCAGGAGAGAACCAAAGCCAGAGGUGCACCCAUGUCCCUCCUGCUCUCUGGCCUUCUCCAGUCAGAAGUUCCUCAGCCGACACGUGAAAGUCAAUCAUCCCUCUCAGAUUCUCCCUGGAACAUCUGCAAGAAAACACCUCCAAGCAGAGGAACCCUGUCCAGAGGAUCAGAAUCAGCAGCAACAACAUACUAGUACACACAGCUGGAAGGAUAAAGCUGAAGGUCAGGAGGUCAGAGAAAGGUCCAAACCUUUGCUUAAAAGGGUCAGUCAGAGGAGAAUCUUAAGGCCCUUUUUCCAAACUUCCAAAGAACGAAUGAGGAGCUCUAGUGAGCAUGAGAGAAUGAUGGAGGAAGAGCCCCGCAGAGGCCACAAACAGAGUCCAGAGGACACAGGCAAGGUAUUUGUGAAAGUAGGAAUGUCAAAAAUUGUAACAAUGGAGCACGGAGGGUGUUGGCAAGGCUUCAGUGAUGGGUCACAUCUCAUCACACACCAGAGGACACACUCUGGGGAGAAGCCCUAUGUUUGCAGGGAGUGUGGGAGAGGCUUUACAUGGAAGUCAAAUCUCCUUAGACACCAGAGGACACACUCAGGGGAGAAGCCCUAU